UGUGGAUCAUAAUUCCGAGUGUUGGUUAAAAUCAGCACUUAAGAAAUAUGCCUGUCAAUUGACACUGGAUCCAAACACAGCAUUCAAAAACCUCUCUCUGUCUGAGGAGAACAGAAAGGUGACACGGGUGGAUGAGGAGCAGACGUAUCCUGACCACACAGAGAGAUUUGAGAACUGGGAUCAGGUGCUGUGUAGAGAGGGUCUGACUGGACGCUGUUACUGGGAGGUGGAGUGGAUGGGGCACGAGGUCCAUAUUGGUGUAACAUACAGUGGAAUAGGAAGGGAAGGAAGGGGUCAUGACUGUGGGCUUGGAUAUAAUAACAAGUCCUGGACUCUUAGUUGUAAUAAUGAUAUUUACACUGCCAGGUACAAUAAGAAGCCCACAACCGUACCUGACCACGCCUUCCGAUCCCACAGAAUAGGAGUGUAUCUGGACUGGCCGGCCGGCACUCUGUCCUUCUACAGCGUUUCCUCUGACACAAUGACCCACCUGCACACAUUCACCUCCACAUUCACUGAGCCCCUCUAUCCAGCAUUUCGGAUCUGGUACUGUGGCGCCUCUCUGUCCCUGUGCCAGGUACCGCUGAGCCAGGUACCGCUGAGCCAGGUACCGCUGAGCCAGGUACCGCUGAGCCAGGUACCGCUGAGCCAGGUACCGCUGAGCCAGGUACCGCUAAGCCAGGUACCGCUGAGCCAGGUACCACUAAGCCAGGUAUCGCUGUGCCCCAGUGAAUACAAAGAAAGUAUUUAAAUGACAAAUUAACUGUAGCUUUGACAACCAGAAGCGAAUCUUGUGGGAGCUCUGGCCUCAGGCCAGAGACAUGUGUGCAUCUGUCACAAGGGGAACUGUAGAGCACUUUAAAGCUUAGAUGUAGUUAGCAUAUAUCCAUUGUGCACUUAUCAGGAGUAUCGAACUAUCGAACUAUCAUUAUUCUGAGUUCAGUUAUUUGCUAGAUUUGGAGAAUGUAAAAUUUGACAUGUUCAGUUCUAGAUCUGGGAUAUUAUUACUAGUUAAAAGGCCUUUUGUUUUGUAGAUCAAACUUUGAUGCGACAACACAUUUUUUUUUUUUUGUGUGUAAAGAUUCUGACGUUAAACCUGAGUUUUAUUCUUGGAUCGCUGAUUCGCUCGUUCAUGCCUGCCUUCACAGCAAAGGGAAUGAGUUCAUUCAUGCCUGCCUUCACAGCAAAGGGAAUGAGUUCAUUCAUGCCUGCCUUCACAGCAAAGGGAAUGAGUUCAUUCAUGCCUGCCUUCACAGCAAAGGGAAUGAGUUCGUUCAUGCCUGCCUUCACAGCAAAGGGAAUGAGUUCGUUCAUGCCUGCCUUCACAGCAAAGGGAAUGAGUUCAUUCAUGCCUGCCUUCACAGCAAAGGGAAUGAGUUCAUUCAUGCCUGCCUUCACAGCAAAGGGAAUGAGUUCGUUCAUGCCUGCCUUCACAGCAAAGGGAAUGAGUUCAUUCAUGCCUGCCUUCACAGCAAAGGGAAUGAGUUCAUUCAUGCCUGCCUUCACAGCAAAGGGAAUACGUUAAUUUAACUGUGGAUUUAAAAUACAGUGAAUAGUAUGUGUUGUCUCAAUGUAAAACUACACCACAAAGGAAGAUUCCUUAAAAAACAACACUCAAUCAGGGAGAAAUACAGUGGCAGGUGGGGGCGUGUAGUAAUGUAGUGAUGUUUGUGAGUGAUGUUUUUCCAUAGAAUAUGUACAUUAAAAAUAUCAAAUAAAUUUUUAUUUUUAUAUGCCAAAGAAAAUGAAAGCGGUUAUUUGUUUAUUUUUAUUUUUUAUCUUUUCAAUAAAUAAAAAACAAAGAAACAAGUCA